AUGGCACAAGCAGAUAUUGUAUUGCAUUGGUAUCCAAUGUCACCAUUCGCACAAAAACUUGCGUGGGUGUUGAAUUACAAGAAUAUCGACUACAAGGUCGUUCAGAUCUCGCCUGUUGAGCCUCGUCCACUUCGAAGACCUCUUGACGGCGGAUAUCGCAAGACGCCUAUUCUCCAAAUUGGCAACCAUGUCUAUUGCGACACGAAGCGCAUUAUUGACGAGCUCGAGAAAAGAUAUCCUCAGCCAUCGAUCUAUCCAAAGCUGAAAUCCGGCGAAUCAACCACUGCAUUGGCCAAGAGUAUCGCCGUAUGGCUAGAGUCAAUGCUUUUUGGCGCCGUCAGCCAACAAUUCGAUGUCGCACUUUUGCCCGAAAAGUUCAAGAAAGAUCGCGAUGGAUUCCUUGGCCGAAAGUUUGGUGGUGGAUCGCCUUACCUGAAACUGGAUCUGCUCGCCCAAUUGGCACAAGCCGAAGAGUUGCUUGGUGACAAACCAUAUGUGUUGGAUACGCCCUCGCUCUCCCUGGUGGAUCUGUCGUUGGCAAAAAACACUUUCUUUUUGAGCAAUGUAUGCGGACCUGACUUUGUGGAAGGAAAAGCACCCAAGCUCGCUCGUCACAUGCAGCGCAUCUUUGCAGAGGCUAAAAUGUCGCGUACCGAGGAGAUGCCGAAGGUGAAGGCUGAGCAAGCAUUGGAAAUCGCUCAGAACCAGUAUCAGCCUUUCGAUGGUCAGGAGCAGAGCAUCUUGACGGAAUUAAAGGUCGGUCAGGACGUCGUGGUAUUGCCGCUGGAUACCGGCAAAGUACCUUCCACGGGCAUCUUGCGAAGCUUAACUCAGGAUGAGAUUGUCAUUGAGCACAAGACAGAAAAGAUUACUGCCCUUAUCCAUUUCCCUAGUGUCGGCUUUAUUGCUACACCUGCCCCCAAGUCUAAUCUUUGA